GUGGGGGGAGGGGUAGAGAAGACUCUGAGAAACCACCACCUCCGCCAGCGCCGAAACCCACUGCCGCAGCCGCUGCUGUUCUAGCCACCCGCUUUUGCCGCUGCCUCUUCCCGGCUGAGGCUCUGCCGGCCACUCCGUCUUAGCUCGCGAUUUGUAGCCGGCUACGGGUGGGCUGGCGGUCCAGGGCGCAGGGCGGCUAAGAUGAGUGAAAGGAGAAGAUCUGCAGUCGCCUUGAGCUCCCGAGCACAUGCUUUCUCCGUAGAAGCCCUGAUUGGGACAAAUAAAAAGCGCAAACUCCGAGACUGGGAGGAAAAGGGUUUGGAUCUGUCCAUGGAGUCCCUGAGCCCCGCGGGACCGCUCGGAGACAGUGAGGACGCGGCUCACUGCCUGGAGCCCCACCCCGACUCAGAGCAGAGCACUGGUUCAGACACAGAAGUGCUCACAGAGAGGACAUCGUGCUCUUUUGAGUCCCAUCCAGAUCUUACAUCAGGUGCUCCUGGUCCCCCACCUCCCCCCAUUUCAUCCAUGGAGGAGAUACAGGUUGAACUCCAGUGUGCUGACCUCUGGAAAAGAUUCCAUGACAUUGGGACAGAGAUGAUCAUUACCAAGGCUGGCAGGCGGAUGUUCCCAGCUAUGAGAGUGAAAAUUACAGGCCUGGACCCUCACCAGCAGUAUUACAUAGCAAUGGACAUUGUGCCCGUGGAUAACAAAAGAUACAGAUAUGUGUAUCACAGCUCCAAGUGGAUGGUGGCCGGCAAUGCUGACUCCCCUGUUCCCCCAAGAGUUUAUAUCCAUCCUGAUUCACUGGCCUCUGGAGACACAUGGAUGAGGCAGGUGGUCAGUUUUGACAAACUCAAACUGACCAACAAUGAAUUGGAUGACCAAGGACAUAUUAUCCUGCACUCUAUGCACAAGUACCAGCCCCGAGUCCAUGUGAUCAGAAAAGACUUCAGUAGUGACCUCUCUCCAACUAAGCCUGUCCCUGUGGGGGAUGGCGUGAAAACUUUCAACUUCCCAGAGACUGUAUUCACCACAGUCACAGCCUAUCAGAAUCAGCAGAUCACCAGAUUAAAAAUUGAUCGAAACCCCUUUGCUAAGGGCUUCAGGGAUUCUGGGAGAAACAGGACUGGACUGGAGGCCAUUAUGGAAACAUAUGCUUUCUGGAGACCACCUGUGCGCACACUCACCUUUGAGGAUUUCACCACCAUGCAGAAACAGCAAGGGGGCAGCACGGGCACCUCCCCCACCACUUCCAGCACUGGAACCCCAUCACCUUCUGCUUCUUCUCAUCUCUUGUCUCCAUCCUGUUCUCCUCCUACCUUUCACCUGGCUCCCAACACUUUCAACGUGGGCUGCCGGGAGAGCCAGCUGUGCAACCUGAACCUCUCCGACUAUCCACCCUGUGCCAGGAGCAAUAUGGCUGCUUUGCAGAGCUACCCAGGCCUGAGUGACAGCAGCUACAACCGCUUGCAGAGUGGUACGGCCUCAGCCAGCCAGUCCUCAGAAACCUUCAUGCCUCAGAGGACUCCAUCCCUGAUCUCAGGAAUACCAACUCCUCCCUCAUUGCCCAGCAAUAGCAAGAUGGAAGCCUACGGCAGCCAGCUGGGCUCUUUCCCUGCCUCCCAGUUUCAAUAUGUCAUGCAGGCAGGCAACCCAGCCUCCAGCUCCUCUUCUCCUCAUGUGUUUGGUGGUAGCCACAUGCAGCAGAGCUCUUACAAUGCCUUCUCCCUUCACAACCCUUACAACCUCUAUGGUUACAACUUCCCCACCUCCCCCAGGCUAGCUGCGAGCCCAGAGAAACUGACCACCUCCCAAAGCACUUUACUCUGUUCAUCCCCCUCCAACGGAGCCUUUGGUGAGAGGCAGUAUCUGCCCACGGGGAUGGAACACGGCAUGCAUAUGAUCAGCCCCUCUUCAGCCAAUCAGCAGACAGCCAAUACCUGUGACAGCCGGCAGUAUGGGUCCGUCCCAGGGUCUUCCUCCUCCCAGAUGUCCGUGCAUAUGGUUUAAUGGGGGACCUGGCCUCUCAUCACCAAAGACCCUCCACUGUUUCCAUGAAGGCAUCCUCACUGUCAGGAGCUCAAAGCCUUUUAAUGAACAGUGGAACUGCAUAUAUAUUUUUUUCCUUCUGAAGGGGGUUAAGUGGGAAUAACCCCAACAGCAAAGAGAUGCUCCCAAGCUCUCUUAGGACACUCGAGAUGGAAUUUACAUCUGACUUCCUGGCCCGUGCUCACAAUAUCCAAAGACUUAGUCUUGUUAUUCAGUGUCUAACCUCUAACCCUAAGUGGCCUUUGGAAAGAUGGGACAAUCAUUUUAUAUUAAUAUAAGAGAGAGGCUAGAGUGUAGCAGCCAAUGAAACGUGCAUAUAUAUAUAUAUAUACAUACAUACCUAUACAUACGUAUAUACAUAUAUAUAAAUAAACAUACAAACACACAUACACACACAUACACACUUAACACUCACUCUCAACUAGGGUGAGCUCUUUAUGAAGGGAGGCCCAGAAAGGGUACUUCACCAAGGAGUGGUCUUUCUACAAAGCUACAUGGUUUGGGAAGGUUAUCCUUGACCCCUACCCCCCAGGACCCCACCUGUUUCUGGAGUGAACCAGAUCUCCUGAAACCAUUCCCCAUUGAUAAGGGGUAGAUGGACAUCCGAGCCACAAUCGGACUUUCCUUCUUGAAGGAAGGUGCUCUCCUGACUAUGGGCCCUUCCAGGUGAUAGGUUAUCGUCCUGAAAAUUCACUGAUGCCAUUGAUGUGAUAGAAGAGAGUGAAAGGAAUGGAAAGAGAAGAAGAAAGAAAGAAUGAGGAAGAAAGAAAGAGAGGAAGAAAGAAAGAAAGAAAGAAAGAAAGAAAGAAAGAAAGAAAGAAAGAAGGAAAGAAAGAAAGAAAGGAAGGAAGGAAGGAAGGAAGGAAGAAAGAAAGAAAGAGGAAGAAAGAAAGGAAGAAAGAAAGAAGUGAAAAAGAGAAAGAGAAUGAGGAAGUGUGAAGUGGUGAGAAUUUAAUUCACUGAGGAAACUGCUUUUUUCCCUCCCAACAAGAUGCAAAAAACAUGAUUUUACUGAGGAAGAGACCUCUUUGGGACACUCCAAUUCUUUGGGACACUCCAAUUCCCACUAUAUUUGCAAACACUCUUGGCCAGCAUGCCAGAUGGGAAGGGAGAUGGGAGAAGGGCUACAUCUUAGCAGUGCUAAGUCCUGGCAGUGGUAUUCUUUUAGAAUCCAGAAGUAUACCAAUUUGAGGAAAUUUGACUCCCCAAAACAUGCAUCUUACUUAGUAUGGGAAGGGGAUAGAGAAUGGGAAUGGGAGUGUGGGAAAAGAGUUUGAUAAUUCAACCUGAUCUUGUUGAAAUCAGGGGCAAUGAAGAGAAACCUGGUCAGCUACAAGUGAACAAAGGCAGUUGACCCGGAUUUAGUGCCUUGCAUGCCAGAGUGGCCCUAUAAAAUUUGUAAAGUUUCACAGAAAUUCAGAGUGCAGAAUUUCAAAGAAACUCUUCUUGCCUCUUCCCUUAGAGCACCGUUUUAAACAAAUAGAUGGUUGCAUUUUGAAGUUUCUUUAAUUCCUUCCCUCUACCCCUCCUUUUCCCUCCCCACAGCCUUUAACAAUUUAAAAAAAUUGCAGCUUGGUAUAAACUAAGAAUUUAAAUGGUGUGGAACUGCAAUUAUCCCAAAUAACAUAAUACAGAUAUUAUUAAGAUUUUGGUUUUGAGGUGUUGUAGAUAAAUGUAUUUAUGUGCCUAGUGGGGAAUUCAAUAUUAUGAAUAUUAAAAAGGGGCAAUAAAAUGGUAUGUAAAAUAUGUAUGAAGAAAAAGGUGUAUAAAAAUUUGCCCUAUGCACGGAAUUCUGUUUCUAAGUGCCAAGCACAAAAUGCCGCUAAAUAAAUCUUUGCAAUUGUU